AUGGAUGGAGAAUCUCUUUCAAAUUUACUUAAAAAUACUCUACUAACAUUAGGUCUAAAAAUCGAAAAUAUCAGAGGUCAAUGCUACGACGGUGCAGCUUCGAUGCGUGGUUCAUACUCAGGAGUUGCUAAAAGGAUUAAAGAUGAAAAUAAACUAGCCCUGUAUGUACAUUGCUAUGCUCAUGUACUAAACUUAUGUGUAGUUGAUGUUAGUGGGAAAGUAGUACCAAUUCGUAACAUGUUUGGUAUUUUAAAUAAAAUUUAUACGUUUAUAGGAGCUUCUUCAAAAAGACAUUCAAUAUUUGAGAGAAUACAAAAGGAAUCAAAUUUAUCCAACAAUACUUUAAAAUCACUUAGUGACACUAGACGGGGUUGCCGAAUAGAAGCUAUUCGUUCUGUUAUAAAUAAUUUUAAUUCUAUUGUUUUAACCUUAGAAAAUAUAAAUGAAACAGACUCUACUCAUGGCCCUGAUGCAAAUUCAAUAUCAAAUAAUAUUCAAAACUUUGAGUUUAUAUUUUCAGCUACUAUUGUGGAGCUACAGUCUCUUCGUAGUGAUGAUAGUUUUGAUAAAAUUUGGACAGAAACAGAACAGCUAGCUUCCAAAGAAUCUAUUUCACCACCCACAAUUCCAAGAAUAAGAACAAUACCUUCAAGAUUAGGUGGUGGUGAAACUUUAAUUUCGAGAAACGUUGCAUCAUAUUUCAAGACUAAUAUAUAUUUUCCUGUGUUAGAUAUAGUUAUACAUGAUAUAGAAACAAAAUUUGCAGAAAACAAUUUAAAAAUACUUAUUGCUCUUCAAAAUUGUUUAAGUACUAGAAACCACAGGGAUGAAGAUAUUUUAGAAGUUUGUAACACCUACAAUAUUAACUUUGAUGACUUAAAGGCAGAAUUAAAACUGUUUGGGAAAAUGUGUUCAUCAACUAAUAUUGAUGAACAUUUUGAAGCCCAUUUAACUUUGUAUUUAGAAAAAGACUUGAUUGGCUCAUUUGACAAUAUUUACCUUCUUUAUAAAAUUUUUCUUUCUAUUCCAAUGAGUUCUGCUUCAAGUGAACGUUCGUUUUCAUCUCUUCGUCGCCUCAAAACAUUUACAAGAAACACGAUUGGCCAAGAAAGACUUAGUAGCUUGGCUAUUUUACAUAUUGAAAAAACUUUUGAAAUUAACUUUGAUACAAUUAUUGAUCAGUUUGAUGCAGAUUCAACAGAAAGAGGUAGAAGACUUCAAUUGUCAUAG